UCCUCCCCUGCUGCGUGCCCCCGCCCCGCUCCGUCCGCGUCCGCCCCGCUCCGCCUCCCAAAAAUUUCCCCCCUUUUCGUCCUCCCCACGGCCCCCCCGCACCACGCCCGCGGGCCUCUGCCUAAAACCCUAGCCGGCUAAUCCAAUCCUCCGUCCCGUUCCCGCCCAUGGCCUCCGCCGACGCCGCCAAGCCCGCGUCCCCGCCUGCCGCGGAUCCGCCCGCCGACGACCCCAUGGACGCCGACCCCGCGCCCCCCGCGGUGGAGGAGAAGGAGAAGGAGGAGGCCACGCCGCAGAAGCAGCCGGAGAAGAAGCGGGGCGGGCGGAGGAAGAAGGGCGAGGCCGCCGCGGCCGAGAAGAAGACGCCGCCGUCCAAGAAGUCGGCCGGCCCCACGGUCGAGCGCCCGUCCAGGGAGAGGAAGACCGUCGAGAGGUACGCGGAGCUCGCGCCGCGCGCCACGCCCGCUAAGAAGUCCCCCGCUAUUGUCCAGGGCUCUGGAACGAAGCUCAAGGACAUACCCAAUGUUUCAUUCAAACUAUCAAAGAGAAAGGUUGAUGAGAAUCUCCAGAGCCUUCAUACUGUAUUGUAUGGGAGAAAAUCAAAUAACCAUUUCUUGAAGAGAAACAUAUCUCAAUUUUCUGGGUUUGUUUGGACAGACAAUCAAGAAAAGCAGAGGAACAAAAUAAAGGAAAAGCUUGAGAAAUUUAACAAGGAGAAGUUGCUAGAUUUUUGUGAAGUACUGGACAUUAAUGUAAAAGUAACUACAAAGAAGGAAGAAGUUUCUGCCAAGCUCUUAGAGUUUUUGGAGUCUCCUUGUGUUACCAGGGAUGUUGUUCUCACUGAUAAAAAGAAGGGGAAGAAACGUGGAAGGAAAUCUAAGGCAACUUCUGAAGGUGCUUCUGCAGAGAAGAAAAGGAAAAGAGUCCAGAAACAAGCAGCUGAAGAUGGUAAAGAGAAUGAUGAUGCGGAUGAUGCUGAUCCUGCUGGUUCUGAGGAUGCAUCAACAGGAGAGGAAGCUGAUGGGGAUUCUGAGGCAAAUGAUCAUGCUGUGAGUGAUGAUGAACUUGAUGAGCCUCCAGCAAAGAAGAAGUCUACAGAUGCUAAACAGGUUAAGAAAGAAACAGGUUCUGAUGCAAAGGAAAAGGAUACACCAGGAAAAAAGGGUUCUACGAAACCUGCAAAAGGUGCAUCAAAGGCUUCUCAAAACAGUAAAAAUGAGCCUGAUGCAGAGGUAAAAAAGGUGGGCAAGAGAGCAAAGAGUUCAAAAGAAAGUGUUGUGUCACCAGAUUCUAAUAAGUCAAACAAGAAGGUUUCUAAAUCCAAAAAGGACGAUGGAAAAGAAUCCCAAAACAAUAAAGCUGCCAGGUCAUCCAAUAAGAAUAAAGGAAAAGGCAAGGGUGGUGCAGCUGCUGGGACUGCCCCAACCACUGAACAGCUUCAUGCUGUUGUUAGCAGCAUUUUGAAGGAAGUUGACUUCAACACAGCAACUUUGGCUGAUAUUCUCAGACAAUUAGGGACCCAUUUUGAAAUGGACCUCAUGGACCGAAAAGCAGAAGUGAAGCGCAUCAUAGAAGAGGUAAUAAAUAGUAUGUCUGAUGAUGAAGGUGAGGAAGAUUCAGAAGAUGAAGCAGAAGAUAAUGGUAAGGUGGAGAAGUCAAAGAGUGAUCCCGAUGGAGGUGAAGAGAAGUGAUUCUGUGGACCGGAUGUGCCAUGUUGAGAUCAGUCUCUUGUUAAUCUGUGGUUUAGAUUGAACUUGGACUAUUUUCAUGCCAGUUCUCCUGUUUGGAGGUUUGGCUCUGUACAAUUGGGGCACCGCAAGACAGCCGGUGACCUGGGUACUGGUUACAAGAUUGUUAACCAUUUCACAGCCAUACACACCUAGUUGUGCUUGACUUGGUAGUGAAUGUAGUCUAGUCGCUGGUCAUGUACGAUAGCUUUGCGAUUAAUAGUUUGGUUGCUUAGGUAGCUAGCCUGACUGUAAUAUGCAGAAUAAUUCUUGGCUUGUUUCAUCCAUUUAUCAUGUAAAACUCUGUAUCUGAGUCCUGAAUCGUUCCCGCUCAUUGUAUUUCUUAUUUACCUUGCCAUAGCAAUGUAAGCAGUGUGUUUCUAUGAUAU